UCUCGCCGCAUUUGUUAUUUCUAAACAUUUCUCUACACUUCAUCCACAACGCAGACUUCUCCCUUUCUCUGUAUCCUCUUCGCGCGUGGUAGACAGGAUGGCGACCAUACCAAUUAUCAUCAAGCAUCAGGGCAAGAAGUACAAUGUUGACCUUGACCCUUCCGCCAAUGGCGAGAUGCUCAAACUCCAACUCUACUCCCUCACUGGCGUCGAACCCGACCGUCAGUCCGUCCUCAUCAAGGGCGGCAAGCUAAAAGAUGACACCGAGCUAUCCAAGCUCAACGCAAAAUCUGGCCAGCUCUUUACCAUGCUCGGCACUGCUUCCUCGGAAGGCAGUGCGCUGGUGGCGCCAGUCGAAAAGCCGAAGUUCCUCGAAGACAUGACAGCAGCCGAGGCGGCCGCACAAGAAGGCGCUACACCGGCUGGGUUGCAAAACCUAGGCAACACUUGCUACCUCAACUCCACCUUACAGGUAUUGCGAAGCAUACCGGAGAUGCAAGAAGAGUUGCAGACCUACAAGCCGGAGUCAAGCUCCUCCAACACUCUCCAAAGCCUGACUCAGCUCGGACUUGCUGGACUCUCGUCGAAUGAUCUGACUGCCGGACUGCGCGACCUGUAUAAACAAAUGUCUGAGACCCAAGAGGGUUACAAUCCUACGUUUUUCCUGCAAACUCUGCGACACGUGUACCCUCAGUUUGCACAGAUGGCCAAGAGUGGCCAUGGCUAUGCGCAGCAAGAUGCGGAAGAAGUUUGGUCGCAGAUUUUGCAACAGGUCCGACAGAAGCUCAAAGUCAAGGGCGGCAAUGAUCAGGCAGACAUCGCAUUCAUUGAUCGGUACAUGGCUGGCAAAUUCCACACCUCGCUCGCACCUCCUGCAGAAGUGACUGAGAGUGAACCCGUCGUGGAGUCUGACGAGACAUUCCUGAAGCUGGAUUGCCAUAUAGGAAAUACGACUCAACAUCUGCGAGAUGGAAUCCUUGCCGGUUUGUCGGAAGAAAUCGAGAAGAACUCGCCUACCUUGGAUCGUGACGCCAUUUACACCAAGACUUCUCGUGUUUCUCGACUUCCAAAGUACUUGACAGUGCACUUUGUAAGAUUCUUCUGGAAGAAGGAUGUACAGAAGAAAGCGAAAAUCUUGAAGAAGGUCACUUUCCCCGAGGAACUCGACGUGGUCGAAUUCUGUACGGAUGACCUGAGAGACCGGUUGAUCCCUGUGCGAGACAAGGUACGAGAGAUCCGCAAGGAUGAACAGGACGUCGAGAGAGCUCGCAAGCGACAAAAGUUGCGCCACAAACAAGAACAGGACCGCAAGGAUGAGGAGCUGAAAGCACAAGAGCAAGCUCCGAUUGCCAAAUUGCGAGACCAGAAGGAGAAGAAAGAUUCGAAAGGCAAGGAGCCCGAAGGAGGAGACAUGGAUGUUUACAAAACCGAUGCCGAAUAUGAAGCUGAGCGUGCAGCAUCCAUCAAACAGGCGAAGAAGGAGCUUUACACUCUCAUUGACUCAGAACUUGCAGCCGAUGAAGGUGCGAACAAGUCGGGACUCUAUGAGCUCAGAGGUGUCAUCACCCAUCAAGGUGCAAGUGCUGACAGCGGUCACUACACCAGCUUCGUCAAAAAGCAGGGCAAGCUUGUGGAUGAUCCGAAGGCGCCUGGUGGCAAGCGCAAAGAGGAAGACGGCAAAUGGUGGUGGUUCAAUGAUGACAAGGUCAGCGAGGUUGAUUCGGAGAGGAUCAUGACUCUAGCGGGCGGUGGCGAAAGUCCUUCGGCGCUCAUUCUGCUUUACCGAGCCAUCGAAUUGCCUUCCAAAGACGAAAUUCAGGGGUAAAUGUUGGGGCGGCUGUGGUUCUUUGCGGCAAUGAGGACGAUGCAGCGAAUUUUCUUGAAGCAUCAUAAGCGUUGCAUAGCGAAUGAAAAGCGUCCAUAGACUAGACGGGUGGCUGUAUGAGUUACGUCUAAGAACCAAAAUGCGCACGUCUUGCUGAUGUGGCUCAAGGUCACCACCAAAUUAAAGAGUCAUGUUCAUGAGUAUGCUGGAACGUCCAGCAAUGAGGUUACUCAUAGUUCCGGAAUGAGUCAAAAUCACGUGAUCAGGAAUUUCUCUUGGCACUGACACCCACAACUGCGCUUUCCCUCUACCCAUAG